AUGAGGAUUAAUAUUUUUUCUUUGCACUUUCUCGGGGUGUAUUCCGCCCUUUGGGGGCUGGCGACAGGGGCUUUCCCCAGCUCAGUGCAGAUAGGUGGAUUGUUCAUUAGGAAUACUGAUCAGGAGUAUACAGCGUUUCGACUAGCUAUCUUCCUUCACAACACCAGCCCUAAUGCUACGGAAGCUCCCUUUAACCUGGUGCCGCAUGUCGACAACAUAGAGACCGCCAACAGCUUCGCAGUCACCAAUGCAUUCUGUUCACAGUAUUCGAGGGGGGUCUUCGCCAUCUUCGGCCUUUACGACAAGCGCUCAGUGAACACGCUGACGUCGUUCUGUGGGGCCCUGCACAUCAGCCUCGUGACACCCAGCUUCCCCACCGAAGGAGAGGGCCAGUUCACGCUGCAGCUUCGACCGUCCAUCAGAGGGGCUCUGUUGUCGCUGCUGGACCACUAUGACUGGAGCCGAUUUGUCUUCCUCUACGACACAGACAGAGGUUAUGCAAUACUGCAGGCAAUUAUGGAGAGAGCGGGGCAGAACGGAUGGCAGGUGAGCGCAAUCUGUGUGGAAAGUUUCAACGAAGCAGCAUAUCGCAGACUUCUAGAAGACCUGGAUCGACGGCAGGAGAGAAAAUAUGUCAUUGACCUGGAGCCUGAGAGACUACAGAGCAUCCUAGAACAGGCUGUCAGUGUGGGGAAGCAUGUAAAAGGUUACCAUUACAUCAUAGCAAACCUGGGUUUUAAGGACAUAUCUCUAGAGAGGUUCAUGCAUGGUGGGGCCAACGUGACAGGUUUCCAGCUGGUGGACUUUAGCAAGCCUAUCGUCAUAAAACUGAUGCAGCGCUGGAACAAACUGGAUCAGCGAGAAUAUCCUGGAUCCGAAAGCCCACCAAAGUAUACCUCAUCUCUAACUUACGAUGGUGUCCUUGUGAUGGCUGAGGCCUUCCGCACCCUUCGCCGUCAAAAAAUCGAUAUCAGUCGCCGCGGCAAUGCUGGCGACUGCCUGGCCAAUCCAGCUGCUCCCUGGAACCAAGGAAUAGAUAUGGAGCGUGCGCUCAAACAGGUGCGAAUUCAGGGCCUGACCGGGAAUAUUCAGUUUGAUCACUACGGUCGGAGAGUCAAUUACACCAUGGAUGUGUUUGAACUAAAGAGCAACGGACCACGCAAGAUUGGGUACUGGAACGACAUAGACAAACUCGUGUUGGUCCAGAAUGAAAAUGCUCUGUCCAAUGACAGCUCACCGAUGGAGAAUCGGACAGUUGUCGUGACAACCAUCAUGGAGGGUCCUUAUGUGAUGCUGAAGAAGAACUGGGAGCUUUAUGAAGGUAACGACAAGUAUGAGGGAUACUGUGUGGACUUGGCCUCGGAGAUCGCCAAACACAUCGGGAUCAAAUACAAGAUCUCCAUCGUACCAGAUGGGAAAUAUGGAGCCAGGGACCCAGAGACAAAGAUAUGGAAUGGGAUGGUCGGCGAGCUUGUGUAUGGGAAAGCAGAAAUUGCAGUGGCCCCGCUGACAAUCACUCUGGUGAGGGAGGAGGUGAUCGACUUCUCCAAGCCCUUCAUGUCUCUGGGCAUCUCCAUCAUGAUCAAAAAGCCUCAGAAGUCCAAACCAGGUGUUUUCUCCUUCCUGGACCCACUGGCCUACGAGAUCUGGAUGUGCAUAGUGUUCGCUUACAUCGGAGUCAGUGUUGUGCUGUUUUUGGUGAGUCGCUUCAGUCCGUAUGAGUGGCAUGCAGAGGAACCAGAGGAGGGAGCCACUGAGCAGGGCCCCACUGACCAACCUCCCAAUGAGUUUGGCAUCUUCAACUCCCUGUGGUUCUCACUGGGAGCCUUCAUGCAACAGGGCUGUGACAUCUCGCCACGGUCCCUAUCAGGACGUAUUGUUGGAGGCGUGUGGUGGUUCUUCACUCUUAUCAUCAUCUCCUCUUACACGGCCAAUCUGGCUGCUUUCCUCACCGUGGAGAGGAUGGUCUCGCCUAUAGAGAGUGCAGAGGACUUGGCCAAACAAACAGAGAUAGCCUACGGGACACUGGACUCGGGCUCGACUAAGGAGUUCUUCAGGAGGUCCAAAAUAGCCGUAUACGAGAAGAUGUGGUCUUACAUGAAGUCUGCCGAGCCGACUGUCUUCACCAAGACCACAGCAGAAGGAGUGGCAAGGGUCCGAAAGUCCAAGGGGAAGUACGCCUUUCUCCUGGAGUCCACCAUGAACGAAUACACGGAGCAGCGGAAGCCCUGCGAUACCAUGAAAGUCGGGGGGAACCUGGACUCCAAAGGAUAUGGCAUUGCUACACCGAAAGGCUCACAGUUAAGAAACGCGGUCAACCUGGCCGUGCUAAAACUCAACGAGCAGGGCCUGUUGGACAAAUUGAAAAACAAGUGGUGGUAUGACAAAGGAGAAUGUGGCAGCGGGGGAGGGGAUUCCAAGGACAAGUCGUCCCAGGCUCUGAGCCUGUCCAACGUGGCUGGGGUCUUCUACAUCCUUGUGGGCGGCCUAGGCCUGGCCAUGCUGGUGGCCCUGGUUGAGUUCUGCUACAAGUCACGGGCCGAAGCCAAGCGCAUGAAGCUGUCUUUCUCUGAAGCCAUGCGGAACAAGGCCCGUCUGUCCAUCACAGGAAGUGUGGGGGAGAAUGGCCGCGUCCUGACGCCAGACUGCCCCAAAGCCGUGCAUGCUGGCCACGCCUCCCUCCAACACCCCGGCCUUGCAGUGGUCUCCUCUGGACUGCCCUGA